AUGACUGCGCCUGCCCAGAAGUCAGGAAGCAACAUUUUUCAACAACCUGCAAGCAACUCGGUCACCCAGACUUCAGGAAGUAAUCCAUUUGCGGCCGCACAAUCCAACAAGUCGAACCCUUUCCUGGGCAGCACGUCGAACGAGCCCAAACCAUCAUUCGGCUCUGCCCCUUCCGCCAACGGGAAUGGUCAGGCAAAGACUGGCGGCUUCAAGCCACCUCCAGGCCCAAAACGUCCGAAUGGGUCUGCUACGAACCCAUCUAGUACUCAAGGAGCGCCAUUUCGCAAAAAUGACCACCAUGGGCGGCAAGCCGAGCGGAAGACUCAGCCAAGGGGGCCACCUAGUGAAUUUGCAAACAAGAUCUUUAAGCAACUGGCGAAAGAUGGUAUCAAGGCGCCGGCAUGGCCGAAAGAUCCAAACGCACUGCGGCAAAAAGGCGCGAUGGAUGAUCUUCGCCAAGCGCAUCGUGCGUACCGAGAAAAGGCCCGAAAGUCGUUGAUGAAGGCAAAUCUCAUUGACGACCCCGACCAACGGCGCCGCUUAGAUGAAGCCUUGCCUUUCAAGGGCAUAUGCGAGGAGAAGUGCCCGGAGUGGGAGAAGAUACAGCGCAUCGUCGAGAGUGGCCUUUGGGGCCCCGAGGGCUACGAUGAAAAUGGAAGUCGGGUACCCGUCCCAGACAAGAUGAUCAAGCGUCUGGCACGCUCCGCUGCCGGCCAAGAAGCAGCGCUUCCGAUGGAUGUUCGAUCACCAGCAGCCUGCAGGCGGACCUUGGAUUAUCUGAUUGACGAGCUCAUUGCGGUGGAUGACCGAUUGCCGACUUACCACCACUUUGCCUGGGAUCGAUCCCGGGCGAUACGCAUUGAUUUGUCAAUGCAAACACCCUCCAUGUCACCAGACGAGAUCAAGGAUGAAAUCUACUGCUUGGAAACCGUUGUACGAUUCCAUGCAACUUCCGCCCAUCUGCUUGCGCGAUCCUGGUUCACCUACAAGGACUACUCUGAGCAGCAAGAAGUUGAACAGCUCAGCAAGGCGUUGAUGACUCUCAAGCAAAGAUACAAGGACUGCGCCGACAUGGGUAUCGUAUGCGAUAACGAAGCCGAGUUUCUGUCUUACUACAUUGUUUUCUUUGGCUGGACUUCAUCAUUGAAAGACACCGUCGAAAGUUGGGGCGAUGAGCUGAAUGCCACUGAAGCCAUUCAGACAGCCCUGUGCAUUAUCGAGUCCAUGCAAAACACAACCAUGUCGCAUGGCCCUCUAAAGCCAGAAUCACCCACGGAAGUCGCCUUGAAUGCUGCCUCGGUAUUCUUCAGUAUUGUGGCAUCCCCCAACAUCUCAUAUACCAUGGCUUGCAUAGCCGAGAUUCACUUUGGUGUCAUUCGUCAAGCAAUGCUCAAGACGAUUGUCAGAUCGUAUGCACGUCCAAGGGCCUCACCCAAAGACAUCACUGCCGGAUUCCUUCGGCAGAAACUUCGAUUCGACACGGAAGACGACGCCGUAGCUUUCGUGGAGCAGCACAACCUUGAAUUUAGGGAGGAAAAUGGGGCGCGUUACCUCUUCAUUGAUCCCCAAACUCAGCUCAGCAGACCACGUGUGACCCAAGCAUUUUCCCACGACAUUGUCGAGCGCAAACGCAAUGAGCGUCCUUUCACAGACGCCAUCCACGAAACCAUCUAUGAGGACACUAGUGCAACCAAGUUGAACGCUGGUACUGAUGAUGACACUCUGUUCGUGGAGUCGCCGAAAGAAUCAAUGAACGCGGUCGACGAUGUGGCGGCUGCUCAGUCGGACCUAGAGGACACAGAUACCUCAACAGAUCCCAAUGCACAGAGCAACGGUUCGGCAAACCUAUUUGGAGUGGCGCCAGCACAGUCUCAAUCUCCCGCUUUUGGUACCUCACAUGGGCCUUCCUUGUUCUCAAAGAAUGGUUCGAAUUUCGGGACAACAUCUACACCGCCAAAGACGAUCUUUGGUGAAGUAGGAACCAGCACAACCCCUCCAAACGCCAGUAUGAGUCUUUUUGGCAAGGCCUCAGGAGCACCGGGGCUGGCAAGGACACCAGAGACUACAGAUUCAGCAAAAAAAGUAACGUUUGGGGAGACGUCUGUGAAAUACAUAGAGUCUCGUGGCGAUGCCGAGAAAAGCCCAUCGGCAGGGUUAUUCAACUUUCUCAACACGAACUCCAGCAAUACAGCGCCACCAGUGACGACGCCACACACAAACGGUGCUUCUUGGUUUCCCACAAAUGCUGCCAACCCUUCUGCACCAAAGAAUGGAGGAGGCGAAUCCAUCUUUGCCGGGUCACAAGCACCGGUAGGUUCGGGCUUUAAAUUUCCUGGCCCCAGCGAGCCUGCCAGCAAGGACUUGUUUGGAGGUACAUCUCCAUUUGGUGUGCAAACUCCGGCAGAUACCAUCGAUACCUCCAGACAUCAGCAAAACCCAUCCAUCUUUGCCACGAAUUCGGAUUCGCAGCCUACUACUAGUUCCAGCAUCUUCAGCGCAAAUCCUUUGGAAUCGGCACCCCCGCCAGCCACCUCUGGUAUGCAAUCAAGUAUCCCGGCCAUAACCUCAUCUCAAAACAUGCCAACGACCACGUUCGGUGCACCUGGCAUCACUGCGACUGCCGCACCAAAGCAGCCAUCAAAGAAGCAGAGACUCGACAAGAUCGCCGAGUGGUUUGUCUGUGCCGAUCGUGGUUUACUGCAUGAUCUGGAAGAACACGUGGUGGAAGAACUCUUGCGAGACGUCUGGACGAAAUUUGUCGAGAUGGAAGAGGAGAGAAGAAAGAAGGAAGAGGAUGAGAAGUCGUGGGAAGAAGCCCGGAAAUUCCGAAUUUACAGCUUAUCAGUCAAGUAUUUCUACCGUUGGGUGGAAAUUUUCAGGAAACGUCGAGUGGUCAGUCGUAUCAAGAUGGAGAAGGAAAAAUUCCGAAAGUGGAAUGCGCCGGAGAAUGUAGCGAAACGGGAGGCAGCCGAGCAGGAUGCCAAGAAGAGGAAGCGCGAGGCAGUGAUUGGAUUGAUACAAGAAAGAGCAAGAGAGCAGGCAUCGAGGGAGAGCAGCUUGCGCCGCUCGACCGGAUCGCAAGCCAGUGUGGAGGAUGCGUUACUAGCAAGCGGCAUCUUCAAUGGGAUGCGGGACCCCAAGGCAACAGCGCGACAGGUUGCCAUGGACGAGGAUUCGGACAUGGGCAAGAUGCUGUCCCCAUCGGAAAUGCUCUAUAAACAAGAAACCAGACGGAGAGAGAAGCAUGGCCUGCCACCUUUGAAUCGGCUUCAGCAACCUCGAAUUUACAAGGAAGGAAGCAAAUCAGCCAAGCUUCGGGCCCAACUUUCCGGAAAAGACGCCAUGUCAAUAUCAACGGGUUCUUUCCGAAACUCGACCCUCAGCUCGAGCUACAGGUCCAGUCAAGGUGUCAACAGCAGCAGGGUGUCCAAGACCAAGAAGAGCAGAGUAUCAGAUCCCUACUGGCGUCUCAAGGCCAAUGGGAUGGUGCAGAUGCCAAAUGGAGAGUAUCUUCAUGAAUCGCUGGCUCUACCGAUGCUUCGAGAGGGCAAACGAUUCCGUGGCCUCGGAGAUUACGGCUUGCCACCAUCAGCAUCAGCAUCCCCUUGCGGAUCCGCUGCCGCCGAUGACGAGUUCUUUGAAGACAGACCAUCUUUGAUGCUGGGAGCGCUUGGAAGAAGCCGCGUCAGUCCAUCUCCGUCGGUCGCAUCUAAUAUAUCGUCGAAACGGAAGCGGGCGUCUUAUCACGCCGGCGAUGCCGAGGAUGAGGAUCUUGCCGCGUACAGGAGUGAAGCAUCGGCCGACGUUCGAAAGAGAGUCAGGAGCAAUGGUUCAAUCAGCAACGAACCUGAUCUACUCGCUCAGAUGCAAACACUGUUCAGUGAUGUUCAGGCUGAACGCAAAAGGUUAGAGUCGAGGUAG